UCGAUGAGGAGUUACAGCUAAUAUGGCAGACACGGAAGAGACUUUCGAUUUUUGGUUGAAGAGGAAAUUGCGGCAAAUAAACACAGAUGAAUCUAUCUACGGACCCUACAUCGUUGGUAUUCUCGAUGGGGAUGGUGAGGAGCAGGUGGAGGAAAAAAUUGGUGCCAUUGAAGAACUUCUAUCAGGAAUAAUUGACUCUGAUGUUAAAGCCACAGCUGAGGAGAUUGUCAACAAAUGGACAUCGCUUAAUGCUGAGCCUCCGCCCAAGAAGAACGAUGUCGAAGAUGUUGAUACGCGCCUAGCACGUCUCCUAGAAUCUAAUGUCGUGACAUCCACCGUGCAACGGCGGCAGACAUCAGAGGAAUCCCAGAUACGCUCCAAAAUCCUGGCUCAGUACAGUCAAGUCCCAGUAAGUUUGAUGUUUCCCUUGAAUACUUGGAUUUUGGUAAAAAUUUUGCUCUUUGGGCAUAUUUAUCAGCUUUCAGAUGAAGAAGAUGACGAUCGGGGGGCUUCGGCAUCCAAUGGUGAUGCAGAACUCGGCCGGAACACAAAUGUUGAGGCUGUGCAGCAAAUGAUGCGAGAACGACGGGAACAGGCAAAAUUGGAGAGUCAGAGGAAGAAGGAGAAAGACAAGGAGGAUCUCAAGAAGCAAAAGCAAUUGCGUGAGGAGAAGAAGGAGAAGCGAAAGAGUGUAAAGCAAGAACGCAGACGGUAGCAAUAAAAAUCCUAUUUUCCGUCGAAUUUUCUUUGAAAUUCUAUACUCACCAUAUUCUAAAAGUGAGGUUAGCUCAAUCGUGGUGCACUUUCUCUUCUAAUGCGUCAGGGAACGAAUUUAAAAAGUAACGGUUAAACUCACAUGAUCAAGUGGAAAAAAUUCUCGCGACUGUAUCUUCAUCUAUUCAAGUGUUUUCCAUUUCUGAGAAAAGCGUAAAUAAACAGUACAAUAACAAAUA